CCGCAUGCGCAGAGCUAGCUGAUGAGCAGCGUCUUUCCUUCCUUGCUUUACGAAAUUACGUGUCUUUGCUGCGUGUGUAGCCUGUUGGCCUUUUUACAUAGUGCUGAUGUACAAUCAUUUCCUUUCCGACGCUUGGAGUUUGGAAAGACUUUUGCUCUGAGCAGUCUUUGCCAGUGAGGCCGAGGAUGGACUGCUAACAGAUAGAAUGUCGCUGUUCCGAACAACAAAAAGCUUUCGCGAUGAUGCCCACGAGGCAUUCAAGCUGUUCUCCACGUCUCCAACGGAGAUAUCCGUCACCGACCUACCAUCGGUGCUGAGAUGCCUCGGCUUUGAACCCAACAGUGAGGUGGAGAGGGUGGUGAUGGCUGAGAGCAAUGCUGAUGAGACCGGAACCAUUCGCUGGAGCAUAUUCUCAAGUAUCAUUGAAGGCCUGGGUGAUGAGGUGUGCCAGGGACCUUGCCCGGCCGAGGUCAUCGAAGCCUUCCGGCAGUUUGACCGCGAUAGCAGCGGCCUCAUCGCCGCCAGCGAGAUCCGCCAUCUCCUCUCGGGCCUUGAGGAUGAUCUGGAGGACACGAAAAUACAAGAUUUGAUUCACGACCGUCUUCUGGACGGCGAUGGCCAGAUGAACUACCACGAGUUUGUGGAUACGCUGUCCGGCAUCGUUACUACAUCUGCCGCCACCACCUCGCUGACUGGCACCGAGUCAGAAGCAUCCGAACCUAUCGCUAAUAUCAAGCUAAUCCCAAGGCAGCUUGAGUAACGCUCUGCACCGCACGGUCUUCACUUCCACUGAUUAUCACAACUUCACGUCUGCUUCAGCCUGCCCUGCUUGUACAUACACGCACAUAGCUAUGCCGAUUUGGCACUUUUUUCAAAAUUUCCUAUUUAUUCUCUACUCCGUGCCUUUGCACUAAAUAACACUGAUUGAAUAUAAGUGCUCUUGUCAUGUUCUUGUGAAAGUUGAAUUCUCCCUGAAACACUAAAGUCUAAAUGCUCACUUGCACAAGAAUGCCUUUCCAUCCCCUGAUGCUGCUGCAUGCUCAGUGAAUUUGUCCCUGUAGCACCA